AUGGCUGAUACAGUGCUCUCUCUCCACCAUAUCAAAUUAUGGUUCCCCUGCAGAUAUUCUGCUCUCAAUGCUGCUUCCUUGAUAGUAUUAGGCAUCGCAGUGAAGUUGUCAAUGGAUCUAACUACCCCGAUGCCAGGUAAGUUUGAUCACGCGGGUAAAAGUAUUAGCACUACUUUCCUGUGUGCUUCAACCACUCAUUUCAUGCCUUCUCUAGGAUCCAUGAGUGAUAGAGAUAUAUUGGUGAACUUGACAGCAUUGGGUAUCCUUAUAGUGACGCUUACGUUAAAUGUUAUCAUCCAAGUAUUCACACGCGUGAUUCAAGAUGAUUUUCAAGUGUUGGUUGUCUUUAUGAGUGUUUAUACGUUCAUUAUAUUGAGUUCUUCUGCUUUAACGGUAUCUACAAGUAAAAAGUAUUUGGAACAUAAGUAUAACGAAUUACACACAAGAAUUUCUGUAGAGGAAUUACCAGAAGACGAAAUAAUGGACUUUGACAGGUUAAAGUUAUGCUUGAAGAAGUACUGGGUGAUGGCAGAAACGAGUGACCCUCAGUUUGUGAUGGCACAAUCUGAGGCCAGCGGUGUUUUAUUCAUGAUCUACGUCAUUAGUUAUAUUUUUGAUGGAUCAGUAUUGUUAACAAACAAUAAGCUAAAAAUUGCUUCCGAUUAUAAAUGGUCAGUAUAUCUUGUUUAUUGGACUCAACAUGUAGACAUGGCUCUUUGUGUUGUCAUGUCUUUGGGAAGAUUUUUAGUAGCUUUACUUCACACUGUACAGAAUAUUAGAAAACUUACCAUCUCUAGCAUUUCCUUAUAA